AUGAAGUCGUUCUUCACACUCCCAGGAGGAUUCGGAGCCGGCGCGGUGGGAUCAGCAACAUACACGGCUGUGACAGCAGUGCUAGAGCCCGAGUACUACGCUGUAGCGACUGCGUGUCAAUACCUAGCUCAAAGUGUCGGCCAGGUCGGUGGUCUCGCAGCUUCCGGCACGAUAUUACGCUCUGUACUGUCCAAAUGGCUUCGGAAAGCUUUGCAAGGCCGGGACGAUGCGGACACAAUCAUUGACCAAGUGCUUGGUAAUACGAGCUAUAUUGUAAGGCUAACGGGAGAGCUGAAGGGCAUUGUCCUCAAAGGAUAUGUCAUCAGUCUGGGUGCUUGUCACGGCCUGUCUACUGCGCUGAACGGAAUAGCAUUUGCGCUUGCCAUCGGUUUGGCGGAGCGGAGACUUUCAUGA